AUGGAGAGCCAGAAUGACUAUCUUCGGCAGUGGCAACUGCGCACUGAGGAGUAUCUCAUACUGCUACUAGACAGAGAAGCACCACCCAUCGGCCGUGCAUGUGUCAUCUGUGAGCAGGCUGGUGUCUUCAGGUAUCAUUGUUGCUUGGGAGAACCAUUUUAUUGCUCCAACUGCUGCCGGACUGCGCACAGAAGAUUGCCAUUUCAUCACAUUUCUGAAUGGAAUGGAACAUACUUUGAGGAGUCCUCCCUAACAAAGGCUGGCCUAGAAUUUUAUCUUGGCCACGGCGGCGAGCCAUGCCUGAGCGAUCCAGACAUUCUCACUGGUGAUGUCUUUGACUGGGUUGAGACAGAUGAUCAGAUUGACCCAGACGACAUACCCCCCGAGACUGUUAUGACAUGGGUUUCUGAUACGAAGGCCACAACGAUAGUAGACAAGACUGGGAUACACUUGCUCAUCUUGAGGUACUGUCAAUGCCCGAACUCUCUCAGUCCAGAUAGGCAGCUCUUUCAGAUGGGUAUGUUCCCAGCAUCCUUCACCCACCCAAAGACAGCCUUUACGUUUGCGGGAUUGGACAACUAUCUCCUUGACAAUCUGGAAUGCGGGACAUCGGCCAUGAAUCAUUUUAGCAAGUUGAGACGAAUGGCAUCCAGUGUUUUCCCUCAUAUCAUUCCAGUAAAAAUGAUGAGAGUUUCGAGACAAUGGCGGCAGCUAAAGUCUCUGAAAUGGAAUGGCUUUGGGCAUGAAGUACAAAAACCAAAAUCGGGGGAACUGGCCCUGUUUUGCGCCACAUGCCCACAGCCAGGGAUUAAUAUGACUCUCCCGGAAACAGAUUCGGCCAGCCGAGAUCCUAAUAACACUUGGUUAUAUACCCAAUCGUUAGUCAUGGAUGGCAAUUUCAAGGCUGAACAUUUGCAUAUGGCAAAUCCCAAUGAUGAAGUUUGGUUAAUGGAUGGUCAGGGCUUCAUGGUGGGCAAAGACCAAUACAAACUUCAUCUUGACCAGGCCAAGGACCACAUUGAACAGUCGGACUGUAACAAUCACAAGGCAGUCAAUCUAGCCAAUGCAUCCAGGCACAAACUUGAAGCAACUGGAAUUGAUGGUUGUGCAUGUGCCCAGCACGGCUGCUUUGUUCCUCACUCAAUGGUAGAUUUCCAAAAGGGAGAACGGCAAAUGAAUAUGGAUUAUGCGCUUUGCCAAGCACUGAAUUAUAAUACUGCCGGAAUCACAUGUGCUCUGACCUUUUACAAUGUUAACUGUCAAUACAAUAAGAAUCUCAGGAGCCAAGUAGGCCAAAGUCCCUAUUUAGGGAUGCCAGUCGAUAUCAACAUCACACCAGGAAUCGGCCUGUGGCACGUUUAUGGACAUCAAGAAAGCUGUGUUGUACGCUACGCAUCCAAUUUCAUUCCUGGUGCUGCGAGAAUCAAUGGAGAGAUAAUGGAAACAUUGUGGUCGCCCCUGAAUAUUAUCUCACCAUCGGCCUGUGGCAUGUCGACUCCUCACCGAAAGGAGUGCUUGGAUUACUAG